AACAUUGACAACUUCGCUACUUCGUUGCGUCCUUUCUUUCAAUUGUGACACCUCAUCAUAUCAUUCCAAUUGGAAACAAUUCAACCUGAAAUCAUGUCUCCCACCGCUCUCGAACACGAGGAUCACGCCCGUGAUGCAGCUUUCAACAAGGCCAUGCAUGGCAAAUCCUCCCAGGCCAAGGGUGGAAUGACUGCCAUGUUCCAGAAGGACAAGGCAGCUCAGCAAGCUGCCGUAGACGAGUAUUUCAAGCACUGGGACAACAAGGCAGCUGAGGAUGAGACUGAGGAGACUCGAAAGGCUCGACGAGACGAAUACGCCACCCUUACCAGGCAUUACUACAACCUCGCCACUGAUUUGUACGAGUACGGCUGGGGACAAAGCUUCCACUUCUGCCGAUUCGCCUAUGGUGAACCCUUCCACCAGGCUAUUGCCCGCCAUGAGCACUACCUCGCUGCCAAGAUGGGCCUCAAGGACGGCAUGCGCGUGCUUGACGUUGGCUGCGGUGUUGGAGGACCAGCACGAGAGAUCGUCAAGUUCUCAGGAGCCAACGUUAUCGGAUUGAACAACAACGACUACCAGAUCGAGCGCGCUACGGCAUAUGCCGCAAAGGAAGGUCUCUCACACAAGCUCAAAUUCACCAAGGGCGAUUUCAUGCAAAUGUCCUUCCCCGACAACUCGUUCGAUGCGGUUUACGCCAUAGAAGCUACUGUCCAUGCCCCGUCCCUCGAGGGUAUCUACAGUGAGAUAUUCCGUGUUCUCAAGCCAGGUGGUGUCUUCGGCGUGUACGAGUGGCUCAUGACCGACGAAUACGACAACGACAACCCACAUCACAGGGAGAUCCGUCUCGGCAUCGAGAUCGGUGACGGCAUCUCCAACAUGGAGAAGGUCGAAGUUGCCUUGAAGGCAAUGGAGACUGCUGGAUUUGUUAUGGAGCACACGGAAGACUUGGCUGACCGAGAGGACGAAGACUAUUCACCAUGGUACUGGCCAUUGUCUGGUCAGCUCAAGUACAUCACCACCCUGGGUGACAUCCCCACGAUCCUUCGCAUGACCAAGGUUGGUAGAGGAAUCGUCCAUCGUUUUGUCGGUGCUUUGGAGAUCAUUGGUCUUGCACCAAAGGGUACCCAAAAGACGGCUGACAGCCUUGCGCUCGCUGCCGACUGCUUGGUCGCAGGUGGCCGGGAGAAGCUUUUCACCCCCAUGUACAUGAUGGUUGGCCGUAAACCUGCCGAUGCUUAGAGAGGACCAAAGGGUAUGGUCUGCUCGUUCAGCUUCUCUUCUAAUUUUUCCAACUUCUACUUCUUCUUUUUUUUCUCCUUACCCAACUUCUUGAUUAGAAAAAAAAAGGGGGCGUCAAGUCUGAGAUGGCUUUCCCUGGUACUUGGACAUACUUGCAUGAACAGCAGG